AUGUCAGACUUGAUUAGACGUCGUAGGGCGGUGACGGCUACACCGAGUUCGGAGCCCCCGGCUCAGCCGGUAUCAGCUGCCACUGCUCCAGCACUGAUGGAGCAGGACCACGUGCUAGCUGGUCCUGGGGGAUCCCAGGCGGCUGCAUCAUCAUCUUCUUCGGUGGUGCAGCCUCUUAGCGCUAGGCGGCGACACCGGCCCGCUACCACCACCGACACCACAUCGACUGACUGUACUGGUGCCUCGGGGGCACCUCCAGCCAAGAGGAACACCCGAGGGCCGUGUCGGCAGCUGAAGACGGCGAAGGUCACCCGGGUGACCAACAGUCGUAUCAGCAUCGGAUAUGACGAGCGCCAUCGGGCUGCACCGACGGCGGACUUGCAUAGCUCCUUGGCCCACGACAUUGGCCACGUCGUUCGGACCCAUUGCCCGAUGCAAUGGAAGUCUUGGAAGGUCAUGCCUGACGAGAUCAAGAUGCAAGUUCGCGGCCAGUUGUCGAGGACCUCAAACGAGGAGACUUUGGCGUACGUCAACAGACUCUUCGGUGAGAGGUACAAGCAGUGGAAGAGCGACUUGCACCACCAUUUUCAGGCGUUUGAUGAUCCGCAAGUCGCUCUUCAGGAGGGUUGCCCGAAGGAGCUUGAGGGCGGGAGGAUAAAUAAAGCCCAAGUGAAUAAGGGCAAUAGGAAGAAGAAGACUCUUCUUCACCAUUCCGGCUCCAGGCCCUUCUCAUAUAGGAUGGAUGCACGGCGUCGGGGGGGGUCGAAAUUCCCAGAGAUCGACGUCUUUGGUGACGUUUAUGUUCGACCUGGGAAUGAGUUGGCCGAGUCCCUUCAUACGACGAUGGUGGAGAGGAGCCAGUUGGUUCUUCAAGAGUCCGCCUCCCAACUUCCUCCCGAGACUCCGAUCGAGUCUGUGGAUCCUCCGCAUGAUGCUGGAUUUCAGAUUUUGACGCAGACGUUGGAUCAGACUCUCGGGAGGAGGCCGGGAACGUAUUGUAGGGGGAUGGGGAAUGCCCGACAGAGGGAACCUCGACCGCGGUCAUCGUCGCAGGCAAACAGUCAGGUGACUGUUUUGACAUCGCGGGUUGCCGAGCUUGAGGGUCAGAUGUCGGUGAUUCUGCAGUCCCUCGCGCGGUCCGGCAUUCCAAUCCCGAAUUUUGGUGCGUCGACCUCCGAGCCCGUCCACCCCGAGCAUCCCCAGCACACCACGGCCCCUGCAGACGCCCAUACCUCCGAGCCGCAUGUGGCAGAUGACCAAGUAGAUUUUGGAACAUUAUUUGAUUAG